AUGACCACCAUUUGGUUUUGGAACCUUGCUGUGGCCGAUAUUAUGUGCUGCUUGUGUCUCCCAUUCAUUAUAGCGCAGUACUUCUACGCAGAUUGGAUAUAUGGUCCUGCACUCUGCAAGAUUUUACCCUUCACCAUUGCUUUGAACAUGUUCUCCAGCGUCUUCACCUUGGUGGCUAUCAGCGUUGACCGUUGCAUCCUGGUUGUUCAACCCAUUUGGGCCCGAAAUCACAGAGGCCUACGAACUACGUGGAUGACAUGCUUGGCUAUUUGGCUGUUGUCCUCUGUCUUAUGUCUACCUAAGUUCCUGUACAGAACUUUCUCCACUCCUAAUAACACAGCUCAAUGCUAUUCCGAAGCGCACGUAAUAGAGCCCACCACUUACAUCUAUAUGGUUUUUUGGUUUUCUGCUUCCAUUCUUAAUCAUUUCUAUGUGUUAUAUUUCUGUGGCUUUUAUAUUACAAAACAGAAGAUUUUCAGAAGUUGGUAA